AUGGAUGUCGCGGGUAUUGAGCAGCACUUGAAAACAAUUCAGCAUGGAGUACAGGAUUUGGAAGAUGUUGAUGCGAUAGUCGCGAGCAUUGAUGAAUUUCAGCAGGAUCCGUUAGUUCUUGACCUCAUUCUCCCUCAAACGAUCAAGCAACUCACAGAUGCGUAUUUUGAGAAGGAUCUUAGUGAUCAGAAGCAAACUUGUCUCAUUUUCUACACAUUUUCCAAGGUCUGUGGAAUCAAAAAAUUGAUGCGAUGUCUCGAUGCAGACCUGCGCCAAUUAGAUGCUCUUCGAACGGUACUCGGGAGCAUCGAUGCUACUCAAGAGUGGCAGCAAGGAUUUUUUUUGCUCACGUGGAUGGCUCUCAUUCUGAUGUCUCCGGUCAAACUCGACGACGAUCUGAUCAUCCUGGAGGAAACUAAUGCUUUCAAAAGUUCGCAAUUUCUUCGGGUACCGCUUGUGCGUGUUAAAGCUGAACUGUUUUUGAAAAAUAGAUCGCUUUUUGACUUACAUGUCAAGAAACAUGGUCUAGAUCAUUUGACCAUUCAUUAUGUCUUACAGGCAUUGAAAAAACGGAAUGACCAUCAGGCAGCAACUUACUUCGAUAAUGAAACGCUAACGGACAUUACGCAAUUUUCUUUGGAAGCUUUUGAAGAAGUAGGGCUGGAUGAGAAGAAAAUGAUUCUAAAGUCCUUACCAAAACUUUGUAAAAUUUGGUUCCAUAAAGAUUGCUUUGAUGAAGUCGAAUCUAUAUUGACAUGGUUCUUAUCAAAUCUAACCCUUUCAUCAAGUGACCUUAGAUUUACUGUGGCCAAUGCUUGCUCAAAAGUGAUUUCGCAACUUCAUAUAUUUGCUCGAGAAUCAAGUGAUAAUCUUAUCAACGAAAUGGUAUCAGACGUUGAUAAUCAGGUGCGUAGCAACGACUCUGAGUUUAUUGACCAUGAUUACUUGCACACCAAUCUUCUAGUGUUUGCCGAAUUGGCCCGGUUGAAUAUAAUACCUGCAGAUAAUAUUGGUACAAUUGUGGAGAGUAUUGUUCCAGUAACAAUGAAAUUUCAGCAAUUAAAGAUUGGUAGAGUUGUUGGCCAUCAAAUUAGAGAUGCUACAAGCUAUAUCAGUUGGUCAUUGAUCCGCAAGUGCAAAAUUGAAAACCAUUCGCAGUCACUUCUCUUGCAGCUGCUGAUAUGCACCUUUGUUGAUAAAGAGCUCGUUAUCCGGUUAUCUUCAAACGCGGCACUUCAAGAGCUUUUCGGUCGCUACGGACAACAUGUGAUCGACUCUGUAUCUGCCGUUGAAAUUAUUGAAAUGCCAGUUGAGAAUAUUCGAGUGUGCAUUCUAAAGAACAUUCCGCGCCUCUUUAGCAUCUUUGAAAUCAAUUUCUCAAGUUUGAAUGACUCUAUUCUGAGCCAUUUAUAUACUGAAGUCGUUGCUAAGAGUAAUGAGCUCAUUGUAGUGGAGCUCACUAUCAAAAUGAUGAGCGAGCUGGCUGGCGACGCAUUAAGAGGAACCGUUAAAAGAAUACUUAUCAAUGCAGCAAAAGAUUUUUCCGUCUCUAAGCUUAGGGUCCUAAAUUCACGGUUAUGUUAUGGCUUCCUUUUGCUUUCAAUCGAAAGCAUCUCUUUCUUUGAGGUUCCAAUCGUUAAAGCUCAAUGCUUUAAUAUCUUUAAGGAAAUUGUCCUCCCAAAGCUAAAGUCGAGUAGCAGUUGGUCACCAUUGGAAGGUGUUUCCUUUCUGAAAUUUUGCGAUCUUAUGUCAAAAACGAGCGAUCCAGAUUGCCAGCUUAAGAAAUUUCAUAUCGCCUUACUGUUCAAAAUUUUAAGAUUCAGAUGGCGACAGGGACCUUUUCAUUCUCAAGCGCGGAGCUUGUGUCUGGCGAUUAUUGCACGUAUAGUCUCUUCAGAAAAAGACAUGGAUAUCAGUGCGAAACAAGAAUUUGACUUGCUGUUCAGAAAAUUCACAGAGAAUAGUGAUCCUAUCUGCUGUGCCGCACUUGUAUCCUUAUCGCCCGAUAAAUUUCUAGAUCGCUUUCGGAAUUUGUGUCCCACGAUAUCUUGUGGAGCGAAAGCCGAGGUUCUGUUGGCCUUAUCGUCUCACAUUUCGAAGGUUCCAGUGCAAGAUCGCGGGCCAUUGAUCAUCAUGGUUAGCGACUUCAUGAAUGAUUACACAACGACAGAAAAAGGAGAUGAGGGACGUUUGGUUCGAACAAGUGCUGUUGACCUAGUAUCCAAAAAUAUAGCCUUGGUUUUCGGCCAUGAUCCCAUGGUGACAAGAAAUUUAGAAAGCAGGCUGAUGCGGUUAGCUGGGGAGCCCGCAACAAAUUUGAGGGUACUGAGUCUAUCAAUCCUUUCAAACGCACACGUUUAUCUACCGGAUUGCUUGCAUGGGAACCACGACUUGCAGUUACUCCUGUUUAAUGAUAGAAUAUUUGAGCAGGUACCGAAUGAAAUGUGGAAAGGCUUUGCCUUGAGUGCUGGCGCUUCUUUUUCGAGCGAUAACCAAAUUCGGUCUGCCAUUGAUGCCUUUUUGAAGUAUUAUGAAUCCUUACCCGAUAGCAACAAACUCGAAGUUUGCAACGAGCUAACUCGGAUAAUCCCAAGCUAUAAUGAAUUGAGGGCUUACAGCGCACGCGGAACUGCGGCAAAUCAUUGGAGUUGUUCUUCUAGAGACCCUUUAAAAGAAGCGUUAGCGGGCCUGACUUUCUGGAGACGUCUUAUGGAAUCAGGCAUUGUCAUGCCACCCCUUUUCAAUUUAGAGGGCAUGUACGCUAAAUUUUAUAACCUACACCUCGUCCCGGGCCAAACUCGCCUAAAAACGGCAGUCGUGAGAAUUCUUCCUCUUCUUGUUUGUUGCUAUAGGGGCUUCACUAUCUCCCCACAAGAUCCGUUUGUGAAAGAUGCAACUCAAAAGCUUUGGAAAAUGGCUAAUCGAAAUCCACAUGGAAAGUUGUCAUCAGGAUGUCUUCAAAGAGCCGCGGUCGAGGGUUUGCUUUUGAUUUUCCUACAACUUAAUAUGAUCUUCGAAGCGGAAUGCGUUCAGAAGUAUUGGGAUUCAGAUCAACAUCCUUUAAUCGAGCUGAAGGACCUAAUAGCGUCAAAGUGA